AUGGAUUCAACUUAUACACCUCAAUCGCCCGAUUUAUCAGGUUUCUUACCACCUGAUGCCAAUCCCAAUAAACGUCAGCAAACCUUUCAUCCAUUCAUCACUUCAUCGGGAACAUCAUCAUUAUCAUCAUAUGCACCUCGAUCGCCGGGAAUUCAUCAUUUUGGUAAUGGCACUAUAGGAACACCAACAUCAUCAACACCAACACCAACACCAACAUCAACAACAUCAUCAAGACUUUCUCAACCAAUACAACACCUAAAUUAUCCCCAAAUUCAAUCAAAUCAAUCACAGCAAGCACAUCAUCCACGAUUCACUGCCAAUAAUCCGGGAAAUUUAAUGAAUGAAUUUCCAGAGUAUAAUACAUUUCAUACCACAAAUCAAUAUAUGCCACCAAUUCCCGCAUUACCACCUACACAUUCUUUCGGAAGUCAAGGAACAAAUUUAACCACUAUUGGGACUCCUCCGACUACUGCGACAACUCCAACCACGGCCACGGCUCCACAAUUUUACUACCCCUCUCAUUCUCAUUCUCAUUCGGAUUCUCUUUCUCUUUCCCAUUCUCAUUCUCAUUCUCAUUCUCAUUCUCAUUCUCAUUCUCAUUCUCAUUCUCUUUCUCUUUCUCUUUCUCAUUCCCACUCUCAGACCAUCAAAUCAAAUUUGGUCAAUAAUAAUAACAAUUCACCCAUCAUUACAUCUUCUUCUUCUUCUUCUUCCGCUUCUUCUCAUUCACAACCACAACCACAACCACCACAACCUCAUUCACAAUAUCUCGAUCAAUUUCACAAUACCGAAGCGACAUUAUCUACUCAAUCCCCUUACGAUCAUCGCAUCCCUUCACCAUUCACGCUGGGCAAUGAUCCAGUAGAGAUAUAUCAGUACAACAAUAACCCUCAAAAUCCUCUCUAUCACGAAUCAUAUACAAAUCAACUGGAUACAACAACGCGACAACCUCGUCAAUCACACGUCAAAUCUCAACCCAUUACCACCGCUUCAUUCAAUCAAUCUCACACUCCUCAAUACCAACCCAAGAUGUCUUUCGCCAUAGCACCUCAACCCCCCGCGGCUCCUCCUUCGAAUAAAAAUCCAAAUCCAGAUGGAAUAGAAAUCCGCACAAAGUUCCCUGUCGCCCGCAUCAAACGUAUAAUGCAAGCCGAUGAAGAAGUAGGCAAAGUCGCGCAAGUUACUCCGGUCGCGGUAUCGAAAGCGUUAGAACUAUUCAUGAUAUCGUUAGUACAAGGCGCGGCAAAAGUGGCGAGGGAGAAGGGAGGAAAAAGAGUUACGGCAGGUUGUCUGAAGAGAGUGGUGGAGGAAAAUGAUCAAUUUGAUUUUUUGAGUGAGAUUGUGGGGAGGGUUCAAGAGGUUGUGCCGGCGGCGAAGGAGGAGAAGGAUGGAGAGGGAAAGAAGAGAAAGGCAUCGGCGGCGAAAAAGGAAGAGGGGAGUGACAGUGAAGUGGAGCCGGAAGUGGAUGCGGGUGAACCGAAGAAAAAAGGAAGAGGAAAGGGAAAGGGAGGAAGAAAGAAGAAGGUUGAGGCUGAAUCUUAA